GACUUAGGAGCCGACGCCAGCUCCGUGCGCCUGCGCCCUGCCUGCUCACUCAGCCAACAUGGCGCCCGUCGAGCACGUUGUGGCGGACGCUGGCGCUUUCCUGCUGGAUGCGGCUCUGCAGGACAUCGGGAAGAACAUUUACACCAUCCGGGAGGUGGUCACUGAGAUUCGGGACAAGGCCACGCGCAGGCGGCUCGCGGUCCUGCCCUACGAGCUGCGGUUCAAGGAGCCCUUACCAGAAUACGUGCGGCUGGUAACUGAGUUUUCAAAGAAAACAGGAGACUACCCCAGCCUCUCUGCCACGGACAUCCAAGUGCUUGCGCUCACAUACCAGUUGGAAGCAGAGUUUGUUGGGGUGUCUCACCUAAAACAAGAACCACAGAAGGUUAAAGUGAGUUCAUCAAUUCAGCACCCAGAAACACCUCUGCACAUUUCAGGUUUCCACCUGCCCUCCAAGCCUAAACCCCCACAAAAAACAGUAGAGAAAGGAUGCCCAGCUUGUGAGCCUGAGAACCUGGAAUUUAGUUCCUUCAUGUUCUGGAGAAACCCUCUGCCCAACAUCGAUCAUGAACUGCAGGAGCUGCUGAUUGACAGAAGUGAGGAUGUUCCAAGUGAGGAGGAGGAGGAAGAAAACGGGUUUGAAGACAGAAAAGAUGACAGUGAUGACGAUGCGGGUGGCUGGAUAACCCCCAGCAACAUCCAGCAGAUCCAGCAGGAGCUGGAGCAGUGCGACGUCCCCAAGGACGUGCGGGUCGGCUGCGUGACCACAGACUUCGCCAUGCAGAAUGUUCUGCUGCAGCUGGGGCUGCACGUGCUGGCGGUGAACGGCAUGCUGAUCCGCGAGGCCCGGAGCUACAUCUUGCGCUGCCACGGCUGUUUCAAGACAACCUCUGACAUGAGCCGAGUGUUCUGUUCACACUGUGGGAACAAGACCCUGAAGAAAGUGUCUGUGACCGUCAGUGACGACGGCACCCUGCACAUGCACUUCUCCCGCAACCCCAAAGUGCUGAACCCCCGUGGGCUCCGGUACUCGCUUCCCACUCCCAAAGGGGGCAAAUACGCCAUCAACCCCCAUCUCACCGAGGAUCAGCGCUUCCCCCAGCUACGACUCUCCCGAAAGGCCAGGCAGAAAACCAACGUGUUUGCCCCUGACUACAUCGCUGGGGUGUCACCCUUCGUAGAGAAUGAUAUCUCUAGCCGCUCAGCCACACUGCAGCUCCGGGACAGCACCUUGGGAGCUGGGAGGAGACGCUUAAAUCCCAAUGCUUCCAGAAAGAAGUUUGUGAAGAAAAGGUGAAAUGUGAGUUCCCACAGAUAGACUGGAUGGCCGUGGUGGCUGCUGAGGAGUUUCAUUGUCCCGUUUCCCCAGGCGGGUGUCACGGUGCAGCUUUGCCUGGCCAUGCUCUGCUGGGUCAGCGGGAACUGGGCUGUCUGUAGCCUCUGAAAAUCCGGACCUCCUGGCCACCUGCCACAUGAAGGAGAAUUAGAUAAAAACAGAACAACGCCCUGGAUCCAAUCUUCAAGAAAGGACUUUGCAAAGGAGAAUAUUUUUCUAAUAAAUGUGGCUGCAAGCUUAUUAAAUAGGCCAAAUUUCUGCUGCUUAGGUCAUGUCAAGGCCGACGCUUGAGCUGCAUGUUCAGAGAUCAAGCAUUGAGAUGGUCUUUCUGCCAGAAAAUACAAGGUUAUAAUAAAACGAAGGACGACCA